ACCAUUCUCUUCUCUGUUUAUGACUUUGUGCAUCUUCGACGGCAGCAGUCCGACGGCCUAGUUAUCUAGCCAACGGCACGGGUCGAGAUAACAUCGCAAAAGGCCGUUUGGACUUUCUUGCUCGCACCUUGGGUUGCAGUCUGUGCACUUGGCUUCUGUGACGCUCGACGUGCUCCCUUUCUUGCCUGCAUAUUAUUGUUUCGCUCGAGUCCUGCUUCUUUCCCUCCUGCUUGCUGUUUCUGCUCCUGUUCCUGUCCAUGCCCGAGACACGUCGACUGCUCUGGACAUGAUCGACAAACGACAAGGCUGAUCUACCACGACCUCCAGUCUGACCAACUCUCCGCACUCACACGCGAGCAACCAAGGCCCGGCGCUUUCCCCGUCCACCAAAGCCAUCCCCAAAACUGCCAGCAGCAAAUGACUGCAGUCGCGCCCCCUGUUCAAUUCCAGACGCCCCAAGGCUCCGUCCGCUCCGGCGCAACAUGGACUAACCCAUCUCCCGCAAUGAGCCAGGACGACAUGAGCAGGAUGUUCAUGCCCGGUCCCCGCAAGAGCGCCCAGCGCUCAAACUCGCAAUCCUCCCUCACAUCCGCCUCGUCAUCUUCUUCUUCCACCAUCUCGGCCGCUUCCUCGUCUCAAUCGCAGCCUUCGCCCAAUAACCAAGACCCUACCACAUGGACAACUCGCAAGAAGAGCUCACGAGGCAUCUGGCCAUCUGGUAAAGCUGAACCCACCGCCGGCCUCUCCACCACUCGCCCUCAACCCGUUUCAUCUACGUCGUCUGGCCCGUCUGCUGCGUCCGCCAUCUCUGCGCUGCAUGGUCCAAUGCUUCCCUCACAACAACAACAACAACAACAACAAAUGUCGACCGCCCAAAAUGGCGGCUCACUUCGAGGCGGCCAGCCCCCUUCUGACACGCCCGCCAUCCUCCAUCUCUCCCCCAUGAACGGCACCUUCGAGCGCAAAACUAUCAGUGUCCCCUUCUACCCCGACGUCCUGCGCAUCGGCCGUCAAACCAACGCCAAAACAGCCCCGACCCCUGCCAACGGCUUCUUCGACUCCAAAGUCCUCUCACGUCAGCAUGCCGAAAUCUACGCCGAACGCAAUGGAAGGAUCUACAUCAGAGACGUCAAGUCCUCCAACGGUACCUUCGUCAAUGGUCAGAGGUUGUCACCCGAAAACAAGGAGUCAGACCCACACGAACUGCGUGAGCAAGAUGUUCUCGAACUCGGAAUCGAUAUCGUCAGCGAGGACCAAAAGACGAUUGUCCACCACAAGGUUGCUGCUCGUGUUGAGCACGCUGGAAUCUACACACAAGGUACCGAGCUGAACUUUGGAGAAAUGGACCCUUCCCAUCAGAUGAAACGCAGCAACAGUCAGUCUUCGCAACAAAGUGCAAAGGCCAAUGCCAUGGCUGCUGUCAUGGCUGCCAGAGACUCGGGUGCCAUGCAACAACCGCAAUGGACACGUGCGUGGCCGUCCACCGUGACUACCGAAACCAUAGUUAAACGUCUGAAUCGCGAGCUGAGCCUUGCUAAGAAACAAUCUUCGGAUCUCGCCCGCAGCAAGUCUUGCCUCGAAGGUCUGCUGGCCGCCGAUGACAAGACUAAGCAAGACAAGUCAACUAGACCUUCACCUGGCAAGCAGCAAAAGUCCGAUUCGAAGCCGCCAGUCAUGUUCGAACCCCCGGCUCCUCCACCACAGGCGCCACUACCUGAGAAGCCAGACGUCGCAAAGGCUCUAGCUGAUCCUGCCAUCCAACCGCUUCUCAUGCGCUCAGAAACGGCUCGUCCAAUCUUGGCACCCAACGGCUCUCCUACCCGGGCUGAUCAUUCACAAGCUCUUCUCAUUCUGACGCAUGAGCUGAAGCUUGCCAAGGAUCAAAUCCCCAGCCUUGUGGAUCGUGUCAAGGGGUUGGAAGAGCAACUCAAACAGGAAAGAAACGCUCGUGAAAGCGCCGAGGAGAGGGCUUCUCUGCUUGAGUCAUCUCAGAAAACCUCUGAAGAUCAAGAAGAUGCCUCUUCGAAUGCCCAGCAAGACGAGUCUCCAAAGGACGAGCCAGUCCAAGAUGAUACUCCCAACCUUCAAUCACAACUCGACAGGCUUCGUGCUGCCAUGGAUGACAUGAAGACUCAAAUGGAAGCAUACCGUCGCCGCGCAGAGACUGCCGAAUCGCAGCGUGACGAUGCUCAUCAGUCUCUCGCUGAGAUGGUUGAGCAGAAGCGCAAGGAGAAUGCUGAAAUCCAACGCCAGCAAGAGACUUUGUCCACUGCUCAAAGCUCGAACGCCGAAUCAGAUCCCUCGGCAUCGAACGGCCACGCCUCUGCUCCCUUCGCCGAGGGCAGCUUAUACAGUCUGCUAUCAGAAGCCGGCAUCAACGCAAAUGCAGCUUUGUCAUCUGAGCAAGCCACCUCGAUUCAAAGACUGCUUGCCAGAAAGAUGCCUCUUACGCAACAUGACGCUUCUAGCGAUUCUUCCGACAAGCUCAAGGAACAGAUCACCCAUCACGGUCUGCCCCUCGGGUCUGGCUUCAUUGUGGUUGUUGUUGGCAUGGCUCUCAUGCAUUACUUGGAUGGCUGGGAGAAACUGCACAGGUGAAGUCAACUUGAACUCACCUACACUUUUCCCAUCCUCACAAGCAUGGACAAUCACAUUGCAUCAUGCUGUCACUUCGCCCAAUUCAUGUCGUGGUUCAAAUGCAAGGAAAUUCCUUCAUCCACUGACAUAGGGCACACAAGCAGUCUCGGCGUUCGAAUCCAAAUCUUUCUGUUCCCAAACCUCACCAGCAUCCGACCCAGGGACCUGUUCCUCGAAAUGUGCGAGCACGCAUGGAGACAGGCACAUUCGAGACGCAGAUUCCACGCAUGAUUACCAAAUUUCGCCCGAAC